GUUGAGGGAAGGACUGCGUCUCGAAGAGUAUUGAAUUAAACCCACGUCUACCAAAGUAGGAAGUAGGUCCAUCCAAAGGCAGACAGUUGGCAACUUCUUGUCGUCUUCUAUUUAUGUCGUCUCUGGAGAAGACCAUGGACUCUGAGCACGCCAAAAUUCACGCCAUCUCCUCGGUCAUCGUCGCCACCAUCGUCGCCGUUGGGGUGAUCAUCGCCGCUGUCAUCGUAGCCGAUGGAGACUUCGGGAGAGGCCCAAUCCCGUGCAUGGCCAUCAACGGAGGGGGAGCCUUAAAGGCUAUGCCAAGUAGUGUGACCAUGGAUAUCAUGAUCAUACACGAUGAGACGGAGAUUGGCAUGCAGAGGGCACGAUACGACUACGACAAAAACACGAUCUUGGUCGAAACUCCGGCGAUCACGGAUGGAUUCACCAAUGCUACCAUUGCCAUCGACUACGACAGGUCGGUUGUGGUUAUCAAGCUUCUUGAUGAUGAUGAUAACAUUUGCUAUGUAUCUGCCUUGAGUGGGGACAUGAUGGACAUGGCAGAUAGAUCCACGAACUUUAUGGAAAUGGGACAUACGGGACAUGAACAGGCGAUCGACGUAAAUACCGCUGACGAUGUAGAAAUGAACUACCAGACCACCGGGCUAAUUCCCGCUGGUUACGUCACCAACGCCAACGGACCAAUCAUACGCGCUCUCUGCGCCGGAGACGAAUCCUAUUGGUCGAAACCGAGAAUGUCGUCAAGCAGGACGAGACGUCGUUCGGGCAAGGCUUCCGCUCGUUUUUGUAUUUUCGGAUUUUGCUUCAAUAUUAAUUUCUAAUCUCUUUAUCUCGAUUUACAUUCUGACUAUACUUAGUGCCAUAUCCAU